AUGGGCGAGACCCUUCUUCACUUCGCUGCUAUGUCUGGAAAUGCAGCAUUAUGCCGCUACCUGCUUGAAAUGGGUGCCAAUGCGAAUGCAGAGAACGACAGCGGGGAAAACCCCCUCCAUUAUGCCAUGUGGAAUCCCCGCCAUGAAACCCAUAUCGACUUGGCCCGCCUUUUUGUGCAGAAGGGCGAAGUCGACCCUACCCAAAGCUAUAUCUUCAACGGCAUCAUUCAUUCUUACCAAGGCUCAGCAGAGACUUUCAGAUUCCUUGUUCACUAA